AUGGAGGACCCAGAGAACCCGGAGUGUGAGAGCGAGGGCUGGCUGCUGGAGAAAGGCGUGAAGGAGACGUUCGCCGAGUUCCUCACCAAGAUGAAGUCUCUGGGGAAGACCAACCAGGUGGAGGAGGGAGGGGACGCACAGGAGGCCACCUGA